AUAAAGAUCAAUAACAAGAUCAUGGAUCCGAGUGAAGUGGAGUUUCUUGGUGAAAAGGAAUUGGUCUCAAUCGUACCAAAUUUUAGCUUCGAUACGAUCCAUUUGAUAUCGGGAUCGAUAGGUCCUUUUCGUGCUGGUCUACCUGUCAAAGUUCCAAUCUGGCUGGCAGUGAAUCUGAAACAGCAACAGAAAUGUCGAAUUAUUAACCAAGAAUGGAUGAAUGAAAAUACUUUGAACGAGGUAAAAGAAGACGAAAAAUUGUCAAAACUGUUUACUAAAAUGCCUAGCAAUCAUUAUAUGGAUGAAGCACAACUUUUAUUAAGCCAUGCUAGUGAUGAUAUAUCCGAUGCUGACGCAAUAAGGACAGCAAUAAAGGAUAUAUGGGACAUAAGGAUGUCCAAGCUUCGUACUUCAAUAGAUGCUUUCUUAAAGAGUGAAGGUUUACAUGCAAAAUUAGAUCACCUGACUGCCAUGGAAAUUAACAGUGUACGGCCACUGCUGCCACAUGCUUUAGAUCAAAUGUUUAGGAUUCAGAAUAGGGGAAGGACUGUACAGACACAAAAUACAGAAGGCUCACAAAAGUGAUGAAUUCAAGAAAAUUGUUACAUUUUUUAAAGCUGUAAAUAUAUAUGUAUAUUUUUGUGAAAUUUGUUUGUUAUUAAAUUGCAUUUCUGUGGAAUAUUUAAAUCUCACAAGUGGAAAUAAUCUGGGAGGCUAAAAAAUUCACAGUUUUAUAAUAUAUAAUAUACAAACAUGAUAUAAUAGUUUUAUUACUUCUUACUCUUAAAUCAUUACAUACAGUCACUAGCAUCUCAAUCACAAUUUCUCAUUAUCACUAACGUGUAGUAAAUGCGUAUUUACAUUGGUAGAUCUGUCGCGUGAACUAAUCGUCCGUAGACUCUCCCCCCUUUUCACAAUAUUUACAUUCCCUUAGCUUAUAGUAUACAGUCCUUUAAUAAUCUUUGAUUUGAAUUCUUAAAAGUAAACCCCUUCAGCGAGCUUAACGUUGCUCGCCUGGUAAACUUUCCAAACUUUUAAGAUUAUAAUUUUAACGUGACGCUAAGUCUGCAAACGGAAAUAUUUUUAUUGUACGCUGCACGGAACGGAAAUUCAUUCGUUCGAAACAAGCGACGAGAGUAAUUUGGGAACCGUAACAGAAAUAUUAAUUUUAUAAUGUAAAUAAAAGUUCGAAAUAAGGUCAACGUAAUUAAAAAUUUAUACAAAUUUCGGAAUAAGAUAUAAACACUGUUGU